AUGGCUCAUGUGGAGAUCAAGGCUGCUCACUUCACGUCCUGUGGAGAGAUCGAGGAUACGGCCACUGCUCCAGACUCCAAACUAAGCUGCCACCUCAUCAACAGCCUUUACCUUCUCUUUCACACAAAGGCCAUUGUUUCUCCUCUCCCUGGCUCCAGGAGCGGCUCCAUCACCUGGAGAAACAUUAUUCCGUUUCCUGUCUGUGGCCUGAGGCCUGAGCCCGGGACAGAACGGCCAUUGAGCCGCAGCCUCCAGCAGCGCCGCUUCCAACACGGCACUCCAGAGUUGGGCUCAGAUUGCAUCACUGAGAUCCUCUCCUCCGCUGUGCGCGCGCACCGGGCACGUAAAGGCACGCGCAUGACGUCAGAAUUGGUUCGUUAA